CUCACUGCUCUGACACGGAGUGUUCUCAGCACUGUACCUGGAGACCGGCAAACUGGACUCUCUGCAGAACAUGGAUGUGGAUCUGUUCUCUGGUGGAAUUGAUAUCAAUUUCACGGAAGACAACAGCACCGAGAUAAAUGGUUCGGAAGAUUUUGAUGAUUACCAAGGUCUUUGUUACGCCCACGAGAACAAUGACUUCAACCGAAUCUUCUUGCCAACCAUCUACUCCUUCAUUUUCUUGUUGGGAAUCAUUGGAAAUGGAUUGGUGGUAUUGGUCAUGGGCUAUCAAAAAAAAUCAAGGACCAUGACUGAUAAAUAUCGUCUUCACCUGUCCAUUGCUGACCUGCUAUUUGUCUUCACUCUCCCGUUUUGGUCCGUGGAUGCCGCCAUAGGAUGGUAUUUUAAAGAAUUUCUGUGUAAAGCUGUACAUGUAAUUUACACAGUCAACCUCUACAGUAGCGUCUUGAUUCUGGCAUUCAUAAGUCUCGAUCGCUACCUUGCGAUUGUCCAUGCUACCAACAGCCAGGGAUCGAGGAAACUUUUAGCUGAAAAAAUAGUGUACGCUGGGGUGUGGCUCCCAGCUGUCUUGCUAACGGUACCUGAUUUAGUGUUUGCCAGUGUCAGCGACGAAAACGGAAAUUAUGUGUGUGACCGUAUCUACCCACACGAAGACCGUCAAAACUGGACCAUUGGUUUCCGGUUCCUACACAUCACAGUUGGACUUGUGUUGCCUGGACUUAUAAUUCUGACUUGCUACUGCGUCAUCAUCUCGAAGUUGUCACACUCCAAAGGCCACCAAAAGCGCAAAGCCUUAAAGACCACUGUCAUUCUUAUCCUGGCGUUCUUCGCAUGCUGGUUACCCUACUACAUCUGUCUCACCAUUGACACUUUCAUGUUGCUUGGAAUAAUUAAGUACGAUUGCAUGUUGGAGAAUACAGUGCACAAGGGGAUUUCUAUCACUGAGGCCUUGGCUUUUUUCCACUGUUGCCUCAACCCAAUUUUGUACGCUUUCCUGGGGGCAAAAUUCAAGACAUCUGCACAGAAUGCCCUAACUUCUGUUAGCAGAGGAUCAAGCCUUAAAAUAUUAUCCAAAAAACGUGCUGGUCUUUCAUCGGUUUCAACAGAAUCCGAGUCCUCAAGUUUCCACUCCAGUUAACAGGACUAAAUUCACGAGGACUUCUGUAAAUAGACUGAUAAACUAUGUACAUAACUUAUAAAUAUAUAUAUAUAAAUCAUUUGAAUUUAUAUUGACUGUCCGUUGACGUUGUUUCAACGACUUAUUUAUAUAAAUUGUUUCCUGUGUUAUCUUUUUUUUGUAGGCAGGCCCUGUGGACUAUUGAUUGGUGCACAAUAAAUUUAUCACAUUCAUGUA